AUGAAUGUAAUUUUGGACACUGGCAUAUUAUUGGGAAGAUUUCUAUAUUAUCUUUUAGAAUCUGUAGUUUACAAGAUAAUUCCCAAGGGAAAAAAGAAUAUUGUUGGAGAGAUCGUACUUAUAACAGGAGCUGGAAGUGGACUUGGGAGGCUAAUGGCCAUAAAAUUUGCCAGCCUUGGAGCCAAUUUAGUUCUAUGGGACAUUAAUCAAGACGGCAAUAUGGAAACGUGUAGACUGGCCAAAGAAAAGGGUGAUGUGAAAGUAUUUGCCUAUAAGUGUGACUGUAGCAACAGGCAAGAGGUCUACAGAGUUGCUGAUGAGGUUAAAAAAGAAGUCGGUGAUGUGACCAUCCUCAUUAACAACGCUGGAGUUGUCACAGGGGAGCAGUUUCUCAACACUCCGGAUCACAUGGUGGAAAGAUCAUUUCUUUUAAAUGUCCUGUCUCAUUUCUGGACUUACAAGGCCUUCCUUCCUGCCAUGAUUAAAGCUAACCAUGGUCACCUAGUCUGUAUUUCAAGUGCAGCAGGAGUCGCUGGUAUUAAUGGACUAUCAGAUUAUUGUGCAAGCAAAUUCGCAGCUUUUGGCUUUGCAGAGUCUCUCUACCUUGAAUUAAAAGUACAAAAGAAAACUAAAAUUAAAACCACCAUCGUUUGCCCAUAUUUCAUCAAAACUGGGCUGUUUGAAGGCUGUACAACUAAGUAUCCACUUCUGUUGCCUAUCCUGGAGCCGGAGUAUGUGGCCCAAAAAAUUGUAAAUGCUAUUUUAGAGGAACAAGUUUACUUAAUAAUGCCCAAAUUUUUAAAUGUUGCAUUGCUCCUUAAACAAAUACUGUCUACAGACAUGAUGAUUGCCCUUGUUGAAUACCUUGGAGUGGACACUUGCAUGGCUUCCUUCAGAGGGAGAAAGAAAGCAGACGAAGGUCAGACUGAAACUGAGAGGAAACAUCUAUAG